AUGUCUCGUCCGCUUCCAUCCUCGUUUGAUGGCAACAGGUGUGUCAAAUCCAGCGACGCUAGUUCCGAUUUCUACGAAGAAAACCGCUUCCAGAAGCUCACGCGGCGCCUGCGUCAGGAGCCUCUCAUUCCUUUAGGCUGCAUUCUCACGUCAUGGGCCCUCUUCAGCGCUUCACGAAGUAUGCGCGUAGGCGACCACAACCGUACCAAUCGCAUGUUUCGCGCGCGUAUUUACGCUCAAGCAUUCACUGUCGCUGCCAUGGUCGCCGGCAGCAUGUACUGGCAGACAGACCGCAAGAAGCAGAAAGAAUUUGACCGUGCCGUUGAGGAGCGCAAAGCCAAAGAAAAGAAUGCUCGAUGGAUUGAAGAAUUAGAGUUUCGUGACCUUGAAGCCAAAGAGGAAAGGGCGAGAAAGGAAAAGCCCAAAUCUGAAACCCAACCUAAGAACAACGAUUCGCAGCGCGCUGAUGGAGAACAGAAAUAA